AUGUCUCUCUCAGGAACCAUGCGCGCCGUUGUCUUCAAUGGGCCUCAAUCCGUGUCUGUCGAGCAACGCCCGAUCCCUACCAUCCAAGAUGACGGCGACGUAAUUGUCAAGGUGCAGGCGACGGCUCUCUGCGGCUCGGAAUUGCAUGUCUUCCGCGGCCACCAACCAUCUGAGACGGGCUUCAUCAUGGGCCAUGAGUUCACUGGCUCAGUUGUCGAAAAAGGCGCCGCUGUGACCUCCUUGAACAUUGGUGACAGGGUUGUCUCUCCCUUCACCUCGUCGUGUAUGCAAUGCUUCUAUUGCAAGAAUGGGUACACCUCCCGUUGCAUCCGUAGCAAGCUAUUUGGUUGCGGUGUGUUGGACGGUGGCCAGGCCGAAUACGUGCGUAUCCCCGAUGCCGACGGAACCGCCAUGAAGGCCCCAACCACCAUCUCCGACAAUGCUCUGGUUCUCAUGGCAGACAUCUUCCCCACCGGCUUCUUCGGCGCAAAGUCUGGCUUCAACUUGCUCAAGGAGGAAGAGAGAUCAAAUGCCACAGCUGUUGUCAUUGGAUGCGGACCCGUCGGCCUUUGUGCCGUCAUUUCGGCCCUUGAGUUCCGUCCCAAGCAUCUUUUUGCCAUUGACAGCGUAGACAGUCGCCUAGAGCUUGCUAGGAACCUUGGAGCAGAGCCCUUGAACUUCAAAACUGAUCGCGCAGGGAUGGAGAAGCGGAUCAAGGAGGUGACUAACGGCCGUGGAGCCGAUGUUGUUAUCGAGGUUGUCGGUCUGAGCCCUGCUCUCAGAACUGCAUUCGACAUCAUCAGGCCAUUCGGUGUUAUUGCAAGCAUUGGUGUCCACAACGGCGAGGUUGGCAUUCCAUGGACCGGUACCGAAGCGUAUAGCAAGAAUCUGAGGCUGCAAAUGGGCCGGUGUCCUGUUCGGGCCAUUUUCCCCGAGGCUCUCGCCCUGCUGGAGAAGAAGCAGGACAAACUUGGGUUUAUGUUCGACCGCAUAAUGCCAUUGAGCGAGGCGGUUGAAGGAUAUGCAUUGUUCGAUCAGAUGAAAGUCCAAAAGGUCAUUUUCACUCCUUGA